AACCUGAUUAAGACAUGUUGCCUUUAUUACACAUGUGAAUAAUGUAUAUCAAAGCAGAGAUCAGAUACCUAACCAAGCCCUGAAGAAGUGAAAUGCCCUGAGAUCUGGCAUUCCACUUGACGAGUUCUAUGGAAACACUGAUUUUUGUUUGUGUGGGUAUGCCCCUUUACUGCAAACAUAAGCACAUUUUCUUAAAACUGUUCCACUGACAUCAAUAAGCCUGACCUCCAAAUAAGUGUGCUUAGGACUGGAAUGUAAAAUUAGAUAAAUACAAUAAAUGCAGAGAACCACAGUGAAGCAUAAUAAAACAUACCCUAAAAAUUCAGACCUAUUAUUCUCUUCAAAAUAUAUUGCAUUUCAAUAUAUAUUAAAUUCCAAUUGUUACUGCAGCAAGCCAGCAGUACUAUUUUGGCUCAGUAACUGCCAUGUGAGAUAAUUAUAUAACCUGAAUUAUAUUCUGUUUCUACCGUAUGGUUAUUGUCAUACUGAAAAGGGUUACGGGUCAGCUGAGAUGCUUACUCUAGUAUGGGAAGCUCUGGUAGUCUACUGCAGUGUUACAUAACCACAAACUGUUAAGACACGCUAAAUCAGAUCUGUCAUUUGAGGUUAUCCACUCUACCAAAUGGGCAUAACAAAUUACUCUGGAAUGGUCAUACAGCUGAACAUUCACAAAACCCUUUGGCUGUGAUAUGUCUUUUUCAGGCUUUGUGAACCAAUAAAAAGUUGAUUAUUAGACAGUCACACAUGGUAGCAUAAAAACUGUAAAAACGUGCAAUUACAGAUUUGGUAUGUACUCUUUUAAGGUCUAUUUUGAGAUUGGGGGGGCGGGGAGAUGACUUGUUAAGAGAAUCAUUUUCUUUGGCGAUCACUCAUAGCUGAGUAAGAUUGUCUUCCAUAAACACCGUUUUAAUAGUAAGUCCAUAAGUGACUGUGGAGUCCAAUUCUGGACCAACAGUGGGGUCCACAGUGUCGUUCCACAGUGGGGACAUUGGUUUCCAGGCAGGAGUGGAUCACAGUGUGGAUUUGCCAAGCGUGCCUUCCUCUUAGCACGUUUCUCCCUUGUGUCCUGAGUUCGAGCGUCUUCAAAGCCCAUGACACCUUUGGUAAAGGCUGUUCUCCAACUAGAGCUCUCGCAGGCCAGUGUUUCCCAGUUCUCUGUGUUUAUACUACAUUUUUUUAGAUUUGCCUUGAGACAGUCUUUAAACCUCUUUUGUUGACCACCAGCAUUAAUAUACAGUAGUAUCUUGGGUUACAUAUGCUUCAGGUUACAUACACUUCAGGAAAUAGUUAACCUCAGGUUAAGAACUUUGCUUCAGGAUGAGAACAGAAAUUGUGCUCUGGCAGCGCGGCGGCAGCAGGAGGCCCCUUUAGCUAAAGUGGUGCUUCAGGUUAAGAACAGUUUCAGUUGAAGAAUGGACCUCCAGGACGAAUUAAGUACUUAACCCGAGGUACCACUGUAUAGCUCAUUUCAUGCUUUUGGAAUUGUAUAUCCAAGGUUGUCAUUUGCUUUUCGCUUUAGCGGAAGUACUGAUCUUCUUGUUGGCAGAUUAAACUUUAUUACACAAACCCUUUGAAUGGCAAUGCCCAUCAACUCCGGGGUGGGGGCCCGGCCCCCUCAAAUAUUUUACUGAGGGGGGGGAUCACAAAGGGACCUUGGCUCCUAAUAAUAAUAAUAAUAAUAAUAAUUUAUUUAUACCCUGCCCAUCUGGCUGAGUUUCCCCAGCCACUCUGGGCGGCUUCCAACAAAACACUAAAAUACAAUAACCUGUUAAACAUUAAAAGCUUCCCUAAACAGGGCUGCCUUCAGAUGUCUUCUAAAAGUUUGGUGGUUAUUUUUCUCUUUGACAUCUGGUGGGAGGGUGUUCCACAGGCCGGGUGCCACCACCGAGAAGGCCCUCUGCCUGGUUCCCUGUAACUUGGCUUCUCGCAGCGAGGGAACCGCCAGAAGGCCCUCGGCGCUGGACAUCAGUGUCCGGGCCAAACAAUGGGGGUGGAGACGCUCCUUCAGGUAUACUGGACCGAGGCCGUUUAGGGCUUUAAAGGUCAGCACCAACACUUUGAAUUGUGCUUGGGAGCCAGUGUAGGUCUUUCAAGACCAGUGUUAUAUGGUCUCGGUGGCCGCUCCCAGUCACCAGUCUAGCUGCCUCAUUCUGGAUUAGUUGUAGUUUCCGGGUCACCUUCAAAGGUAGCCCCACAUAGAGCCCAUUGCAGUAGUCCAAGCGGGAGAUAACUCUGGCAAGACAGUCUGCGGGCAGGUAGGGUCUCAGCCUGCGUUGGCUCCCUUACUUCCAACUCUACCAUUGCACGAUUCCCUCAGGUGUUGGGCCCAACAGGGCCUUCUAGUGGUCGACCCCCUUCCCCAAAGCUGCGGGGGAAGUUCUCUCCUGAGCCCACCCCCACCCCCAAAUAAACCCGCUCUGAGGAGAACCGAGUCCCCUUCACAGCGCUAGGCCUCGCUUCAGCCCCCGGCCGCCGCCGCCGCGCUGCGCCUGCCAGGAGCAAGGCCCUCUCGCCUCCCAAGUUCCCUCACGCGAGGCCCAGGCCUCGGCCUCGGCGUGAGGGGCGGGCCGAGCGAGCGAGCGAGGGGCCUCCUGGGAUGCCGCCUCCUGACGCAGCUCCUCCCUGCCCGCCGUGGCUCCGCUGCAGGCCGCUUGCCGCCGCCUCCUCCUCCGCGCAUGUGCCUCAGGCUUUCGUAGCGGCGACGACAGCGGCAGCCGCGGAGACCACCACGACGACGCCGGGGCUUCCGCCUCCUCCCAUGGCCGGGACGCGCUGGGUGCUGGGCGCGCUGCUCCGGGGCUGCGGCUGUAGCUGCAGCAGUUGCCGCCAGACCGGCGCGGCCUGCCUGCCGCUGCGCCACGCCGCCUCAGUCUCCUCCUCAGCCGCCCCCUCCGCCUCCUCCUCCUCCGGUUCCCUCGGCCUCUCCGGCCGCCGCCGCCUCCUGUUCUUGCUCGGGGCAGCCACGCAGAGCCGCGGGUUCGCCGGCUCCGCCGGGCCUCUGCCCGGCUUCGGCGCCCUGAGGAGCCCCCUGCUGCCUCCGGCCCUCGCGGGGAGAUGCUACAGCCAGGUAAGGGGAGGGGAAACGGGGAACCGCCACCCCCCAAUACUUCGGGGCGCCUUUGGGAAAUGGGUCUCCACACACAGCCUCCCCAAAGUGUGCGCGUGAGAGAAAUGCUGUUUAUUUCGUUUCUGUACCGCUUUGUGGUGUUUUUCUCUCCCCACCCCACCCCGCCUUCGAGAGGGGAUCGUGUUCGCGCAUUUGCUCCCGAGGAGUGCAGGGCGGGUGGUGCCUUUUUUUAUCCUCGCCAGGGCCCUUUUGAGGUGGGCUGGGGGGUUGUGUGACGAAGACAGACUCUGGCCCAAGGUCACCCCACGUACCUUAUGGCUGAGUGGGAAUUGGGAUGGGCUCUCUGUGGACGGUGUAGCUUCGGCUUUCUUUUGCUAACUUACGCACACGUGCACACACAAACACACACGUGUGUGUGUGUACAUACAUGCGCAUACACACACACAUAUACAUACACACGUGUAUGUGCGCGCAUACACACACACACACAUACGUACGUACAAAUAUUCAUACACAAAGCCAAAAUACUGCUCCCCCAAACUGAUGUUAGGGGAACGCGGGUGGCGCUGUGGGUAAAACCUCAGCGCCUAGGACUUGCCAAUCGUCAGGUCGGCGGUUCGAAUCCCCGCAGCGGGGUGCGCUCCCGUCGUUCGGUCCCAGCACCUGCCAACCUAGCAGUUCGAAAGCACCCCCGGGUGCAAGUAGAUAAAUAGGAACCGCUUACUAGCGGGAAGGUAAACGGCGUUUCCGUGUGCUGCUCUGGUGCCGGUUCGCCAGAGCAGCUUCGUCACGCUGGCCACGUGACCCGGAAGUGUCUGCGGACAGCGCUGGCUCCCGGCCUCUAGAGUGAGAUGAGCUCACAACCCUAGAGUCUGUCAAGACUGGCCCGUACGGGCAGGGGUACCUUUUAAACUGAUGUUAUUAGUCUGGGUGGUUUCCUGAGGUUUAUAUGUCGCUUGGCUGUACGACAAAAAACCCUCAAAAGCGCUUUGCACAAGAUCUUGCGUCUUGCAAGAUGAAACAGUGAUAUCGUCGCUAAAAGGAAAAAAGAACACAGCCAGAAUCUGAAACAUACAAGAAGUUAAAAGCACAGGAACGCAAAUAAAGACUCACGUUGGUGUAGAGGCCUUGUAACAGGGUUGUUGUUUUUUUGGGGGGUAGCAUUUCAAUCCAAGUUAUGGGAGAAGCUUUUUUGUGAUCUCCAGAGUGAUCCUGUUCUUUGAGACCUCUGGGGGGUUGCUGCUUUCAGCUAUUGCAGAGGUAGGCAACCUAAGGCCCAUGGGCCAGAUGCAGCCCAAUCGCCUUCUCAAUCCGGCCCACUGGCGGUCCGGGAAUCAGCGUGUUUUUACAUGAGUAGAAUGUGUCCUUUUAUUUAAACUGCAUCUCUGGGUUAUUUGUGGGGCCUGCCUGGUGUUUUUACAUGAGUAGAAUGUGUGGUUUUAUUUACAAUGCACCUCUGGGUUAUUUGUGGAGCAUAGGAAUUUGUUCAUAUUUUUUUUCCAAAAUAUAGUCCAGCCCCCCAAAAGAUCUGAGGGACGGUGGACCUGCCCACGGCUGAAAAAGGUUGCUGACCCCAUAGCUAUUGCCUGCUCUUCCCAACAAAGAAGCUCCCCACCCCCCUAUUUCCCAGGGCGAAGCUGUACUGUAUUCUGAAGGACUGGGAAGAAACCACUUGUCUUCCUAAACUGCAGCUGCAGGGGUGACCGGAUUAUGUAGCCAGAGCAGGUUUGGGGAUUCUCUCCCCAACCAAGCUGCUUGAGGGCGGUCCUUCUGACCAUGAUAUUCUGUGUUCUUUCUCUCCUGGAGCUGACCAGAUGGGAAGGAAACCUGGGUGCUGUUUGCUGGGUUUUCAGGUCGCCCCAUUGCCCUUUCUAGUGCAACGAGCAGACAACAGUUUCUGUGAUAUUACAGAAGCUUCUUGAGCAUUCUUACAUUUGCGGUGAGGUGGGGAGAGGGGAUCUGCUGGAUGGGAAAGGCAUCUUGCGUACUGGAGUCCUACUUCUGACCUGGCAUGGUCAGUGGCUGGACACCUGGAAGUAUGGUGCUGGCCAUGCAGAAAACAGCACUGCUGGCUGCCUAGCUGUGACCCCCUAAUGUGAGGGUGCUACCCUGAACACCUUUGGAAGGAAGAAUGGCAUAUAAAUUAAUAACUAAAUAAGUAAUAGAUCCCAGUUCCCUACCCACAUCUCUAACUAUAAUAUUCCAAAUUCUGGAGAAACCCAUGCAGCCUUCUUGUUUCUUCAUCCACCAGUUUUGUUAGGAGCCUUUAUCUCUAACAUACCCAAUUCAUGAAUUGAUGAAAAUAUGCUUUGCUGACACUGGAGGUACUUCCGGACAACCUAUUUUUUGAAUAGGUUUGUUGGAUUUGUUUGCAGAGAGAUUAGAAGACAUGAUCAUUCAAUGGACAUUCAUUCUGAUUUGUUUGUGGGAAAGUUAGAUGGCAGUUGCAUCAAAGCAAGUGUUAUCCAGCACUUUCCAGUGCAUUUUUUCAGUUUUUUGCUUAUCACCAAAAAUCAAAUAUUUUGGAGAAGUGGGUUUGUUGCACAAAACCUCCCAAUCAGCUAUAACUGGGCAGCCUAGAUUUGCCAGUAUGUGAGUGAGGUGGAAUCUGCACUCAUAUAAAAACCGUUCUGAAAAUCCUUUUUUAAAAAAGCGUUUUUAGAAAUACAUUGAAUUUUCCAUAAGGCUCACCAUCUAGUGUCACAUUGCAUAUUGCACUUCAGACACACUUAAAACAUUUUAUUUGCAGCUAUAUAGCUGAGUCCUCAAUCUCACCUAAUUGUUGAUUAACCCUGGCCCUCAGAUGUUUAAGGGAAAAUAUCCAAAUUCAGCUAGGUACCCAUUGCUUCACCACGUGGUCCUAGUAACUGAGGAAAGUUUAUUUUCCCCCACUCUUUGUGCAUACUUAAGAUUAAAGCAGCAAUUGUAAUCAACAUUCUUGAUUGAGAGUCAUUUGAAGUAAUCAAGGAUGCCGCCCUUGUUCCUUCAAUUCUGCUUUCCUUUCAAAUUAUAUUAAUAAUAAUAAUCUAUUUAUUUAUUAUAUGCUCUCAGCAAAUAUGUAACAUAAACUCUUUUCAUCAUCCAGAUCAUAAUGUGUUUUCACCUUGGUGCUGAGAAAAUUUCCCAUCCCAUUGAAGAGACACACUUGUGACAUUGAGGACAUGCCUCAGAGCCAUGUUAGAGUAUCACAUGUGCUUUUUAAGCAAUCUGGUCCCUGCAUGGGACAUGCACAGGAUGCUUCAGUCCACUUGUCACAUUGCAGUGAUGUCAGGUGACCUAUUUUUGACCAUGUGAUUUGAAAACAAACCUUGCAAGCAAUCGGCUGAUUUCAUGUGCGGAAGAAGCCCUGCAAGUAGUGCUCCUCCAGUGUAUGGCGUCAGGUGUAGUGAAGGUGGGCAUGGCUUGGCUGAAAUGGACAAAUAGUUUGACUCGGCAUGAGGCAGAUACCUAUAUUCCUGACUCAUAAAUUGUGCCCUGAUUAUAUGUUUAGUUACAAAUAUAAUGUUGAAACAACAACUCUCUCUUUGAAGGAGCACAGCCCUCCAUUUCAUGAUGAAUAUCCGCCUCUCUCAGAGUAUGACCCAUCUCCAACCAAGUCACGUGGCGAGGAAGAUGAUGUGUAUCUUAUUCGAGCCCAGGGUCUGCCUUACUCCUGCACCGAGGAAGAUGUUCUCAACUUUUUUUCAGGUAAUUUCAUUUUUCCCCCUAACCAACCAACAUGGUGACGUGGCUAAGGGUCUGGACUACAAAUCACAUAAAAUGCAUGCUUUAAUGUUUCAUGUUGGGUUUUUUUAUUGGGGGGCAGGGAGGCUGGUCAGAACUGGGGCUGCCAGGAGGGAGAGGCAGUGCACUUAAAGCAGCUUCUCUCUUUCAGCUAGAGGGCACAUGGGCACAGCUAGGAUUUAUGUUGUGGAGGGCAGGACACCCACCUGUCAUCAUCCUCUGUUUGGCUCUGUCUAGCAGAUUCAGAAUGAAAUGUCUCAACAACAGUUGUUUUAAAUUACUUUCCUUUGACCCCAAGUGCUCAGAAAAGUCUGUCAAAAUCUUUCUACAAUUUCUACUUUUAGUUAAGUAUUUUUAUUUAUUUACUUCAUUUAGGAGGAGGCAGCUUCCCCCAUACCCAUGAGAGGGCGGGAAACAUAUUUGUUUGUAUUGAUCUCUAAGCAGCUCUGAGAGCCUUUCCAGCUGUAGAGCAGGAUAAAAAUGUUUCCAGUAAAUAAGGCUACAUACACUAAUGUGAGGCACAUAUGCUGAAUUGAACUAUGCAGGAGUUCUGGCUAACCAAUUAAUUAAGUUUAGAUUUCCAUGCUGGCACAAUAUGUCUGGGACUGUGUACUUCUGUUGAAUCUGUUCAGAACUGUAUUGAUUGCCUACAUUUCUGUAGAGCUUCUCCUGGUUGUGGAGCCUGUAAAAUGGCUAUUUUCAGAAGCUCACAAUUCCCUAGGCGUAUUUAUUGGCUAAAGCAAUUAAUCAUUGUUAUAUGUUUUAAUAAGUGCAGAGGGAUUAUAAGUAACUUGGCACACCAUGGAAGAGCAUCUUUAAAAGUAGCAGUAGAUGUGCCAACAUACUGAAUUCCCAGUUCUGUAGCUGAGUGGAGUUGUUGAAUCCUUGGAGCUUUUAAUACAACCCUGGAGAUACUGGACAGUCAUCCAAAUAGGGCUACCUCAUUCAGGCCUUGUUCCUUUGGUGUAGGGGAAUUUAGUGGCAUUCUGGUAUGAAACAUCAAAAUGUCCCGUUGCAUCUGAAUCAGAAAAGAAGGCACCUGAAGUUUCUUCAUCUGCCUACUUUAUAACCUUGUAGGCAGCAAGAUUCGAAAUGGUGUGAAUGGCAUCCACUUCCUCUUAAACCGAGAUGGCAAACGCAGAGGAGAUGCUUUGGUUGAACUGGAGUCAGAACAGGAUGUGCAAAACGCCUUGGACAAGCACAGAAGAUAUCUGGGUCAACGUUAUGUGGAAGGUAAGCUUCUUUUUUUGCUCGGGAUUACCGUAUUUUUCGCUCUAUAACACGCACCCGACCAUAACACGCACACAGUUUUUAGAGGAGGAAAACAAGAAAAAAAAUAUUCUAAACGAAACAGUGGAUGUAUGAUUUUUGUGGUUCAUGCUGUGGCCACAGACAUGUGAUCUGAUGGUGAGUUUGGGGUAGCCCAAUGCAAAAAUCCUGAGGAUCCAUGUGGAUCCAUGCUUUGUAACCACGUUUUUGCACCACUGCGGCCCCAGGCAACAGUGGGUGCGUGAUUUUUUUGGUGCAAGCUGUAGCCAUGGACAUGCUAUGUGAUCUGAUGGUGAAUUUGGGGUGACCCAGUGCAAAAAUCCUGAGGAUCCGUGCUUUGUAACCAGGCUCUCUGUCCCUCUCUUCUCCCCACUAAGCGGCUCUUCUCCCGCUUUGCUGUUUCAAAGCGAGCAAAGCGAGCCAUGGAGGAGGGAAGGAAGGGGAACCAUGGAUCCUCUGCUCACGACUGCAGCAGAUCCCCCCGCCAUCCAUAGGCAUUCGCUCCAUAACACGCACAGACAUUUCCCCUUACUUUCUAGGAGGAAAAAAGUGUUAUGGAGCAAAAAAUACGGUAAGUAUGAUUCAAUAACUCAUAGCACUAUUCAACGCUGCUUCUUGUGGGGUUUUUUCCAAUGCAGUUUUCGAAAUACAUAAUGAGGAUGUUGAUGCCAUCAUGAAGAGCUUGCACUCCAGUUCAACAUCUGUGACAAACGAUGGAGUGGUGAGACUGAGAGGCCUUCCCUACAGCUGCAAUGAAAUGGAUAUUUCUGAGUUCUUCUCAGGUGAUUCUGCGUGGAGUAGCGAUUCUGUGAGCAAGUGAUUGUGAGCUUGUGUCAUCUAAUGGGGAUUUUUUAAAAAAAUCACCUUAGAAGAAUCUUGUUUGUUGUACACCUGGUAUGGAGAUGUCAAAUGGGGUUUCUAGUGUGAGCAGGAAAAGUUAACUCAAAGUGGGGGGGGGGAGAGAUGCAGAAGCAGGUUUAGAUAUGACUAGAAACUUCUUGUUUUCAGAUCAGGAAGAAUUGUGAGUAAAUUCUUUUUCAGAUCAGGAAGAAUUCUGAUAAUGAGGAUACAAGGAUGGUCUGAUAGCAUUAGUGGAAUUGUUCUUUUCCAGAAGAGUCAAGUAUCAGAAUAAUUCAGAAAAUUGUUUUAAUGGUGGUGAUAUUUUGUCACACAGGGUAGAAUUAAAUGGAUGCAUUGUUUCACAUUUAGGUACAAUCUGACACCUGGCAGUGAACCAAAGCUGGACAUACCAUCAUAUUGAAUCUGCUUUAUCUAAUUUUGUGCUGUAUGAACAAGUGCCCUAGAGGGCCUCCUGCAUAUCUCGUGUGUGUGUGUAUUUAAAUUGAAUGGGAGCAGGUCAAAAGGGAUGCAGGUAGAAACAGGAGAGUCUUUUGUUUCAUGUAUGUUUAGCUUCAGGCUCUUGAGACUGAUCCAUAACAUUUUUGCAUCAGUUUGUAAAUUGUACAAGAACCAAGUGCUAAAGUGUUAGUGCCACUAUAUUUAAGGCAGCCUUUGAUGUGCAAUUUUAUCAUGGAGCGUGAGUUCUCAUUUUGCUCCUCUUAGGAAGAACAGAGAAAAAUGUGCCCUGCUGCUACUGAAAUGCCUUCUUUUGCAGGUUUGACUAUAGUCGACAUAACAUUUGUCAUGGACCAGAGGGGAAGAAGGAAAACGGGAGAAGCAUUUGUGGUGUUUGCUACCCCUGAGAUGGCUAAUCAAGCCUUGUUGAAGCAUAAGGAGGAAAUUGGGAGCCGGUAUGUUGCUAUUGGAUCCAUGAGAGGAGUGGUGGAUAUAUAUUUUUAAAACAAACUUUUUUCCAAAAAAAAAGCAGGUGGAAGUUGAAUGUAUGCUGUCUCCUCCAAUCAAAACAUUAUGCUGGAUUGGUUGUUGUGAGAAGGGAUGGGACUUGAGAGAGGGUGAUAAUAUGUACCUACAUAUAUACAUUCCAGUAUUGUGUGUUUAAGUAGCUAGCAGUGGAUAUUGGACUAGAGAAACCUGGGUUUGAAUUCUGGUGUCAGUCAUGGAUUUCACAUGAUAGAUUUCAACAGGGUCUUAUCUUCUGCUCCCAUUGUCAUUUUAAAUGAGAAUAAUAAUAUUGACUUGCUUUAUAAGCUUGCCAAGAAAAUAAAUGAGAGAGAGAUAGAAAAUACUCUGAAUUAGUUCACAUGUAAUAAAUAAUGGUUUUGCAUUACAUGAAUGAACAUUGAGCUUGUAUACUCCCUCAUCCCCUCGUACGCUCCAGUUUUCUCUGCAUUUGCAUUUAACUAUUUGCUCUUACAUCUGAGCUGGCAAACGAAGGCUUGAACUUUCCCUGUAACCCAUAAUUUCGACACAUAGGUUAAUUGUGGUUUGAAUGUGACAGACCUGGGUUUACAUUCUGGUUUAGUUCUUAUGUAGAUUUGAAUCCAUUCCUCUGUCUGUCUGUUUCUGGUUUUUGCAAAGGUAGUAGUGUAGGAGCUUGUUGUCUGAACUGAGCCUUUGUGUAAAUACACAAAUGUAAAUUUACCAAAUGGUAAAUAUCAAUCCUGAUCUAACUCUUCUCACUUAAAAAAAAAACCCAUUAUAGAUACAUAGAAAUAUUCCCAAGCCAAAAGAGUGAAAUUCGAACACACAAUGGCUUUUUCCGGGGCAAGAUGAUGGGCUAUCCCACUCUGAAACAAGAUUCCGAAUCUGUUUUUGACGAAAGUGAGUUGAAUGAGGCCUUAAGACCGACUGCUACAUAUGAAAGCGAUAAAGAAAAUGGUAAGUCCAUACAAUACUUAUCAUUUGAGAUAUCUUUGACUUGCCUCUUUAUGUCCUCCACAUGUUGGAGAGAGGCAGACAGGACACACAUGUAAUUUGCACAUGUUCAUUCUGGCCUUGUUCACUUUACAGAAGUUUUUAAGCAAGCAUUUGAAAAGCCUCGGGAUGUGUCGGAGUCUGGGAGUUUCUCCUCGCUUCACUUUGUUCAUUUGAGGGGUCUGCCAUUUCAAGCAACUGCACAAGAUAUUAUAAAUGUACGUAGGGGGUAAGAUCAUUUAAAAUAUCCUGAACAAUUUUAUUAGGAACUGCUGUAUUUAUCAUUCAAAAUGGGAAUUUUAGCUUAUGUCAGUCACUGAAACUUACAAGUCCUGAUUAGCCUGAAGCAGUUCUGCAAACAAUUUGCUAAAACUCAUUCAUCCCUGCACUUCUCUCCUGAAUGCCACUACUUGUGACCUGUUCCCAAUAAGCUUGUGCCACCAGGAAAAUCAAGAGCACAUUAGAGUAUUAUUUCAACUUUUAAGUCUUGGAGAGGAUUGAGACAGUGAAUGGUAACACCUUAAUAUUCACAUUCAACAGCCCCGAGGAUUGGGCUUAUUGGCCUGUUACUCCUUCAGUACUAAUUAGGCUCCCCAUCUUGAUUGUGACUGAUUCCUGGCCUUUAGGAAAAUGCUCAGAACCACUUAGUUGUGCAUGAAAAGAGAGUGGAGAUUAUCUUUCUUUAACAUCAAUCUCACACGAUGAACAGCUUCUGAACUGAGGACCUUUGCAAAAGCAGUUUUGGGUAUGGCAUGGCCUGCACUUUUAAAGAAAACAAGUAAAAUUUCAGCAGGACAUGUCCAAAGUAGCUUUUUGAUGACAAUGCAAAGUGUGUAAGCUUCAGUUGUGGAACAGGUCCAGCUUUGUGCAACAAGCAAUUUGGCUUAUUAUGUCUGGACAGCAGCUAAGACCUUUUAACACAUUACUGCUAGUCUCAAAUAUAGAACAGUAAUUCCACUGCUUCUGCUCGGUCUUGGGUUUUCACAUUUUGAUAAUUAAAUCUUGACUUUCACCCCACAUGCCUUUCUUUAAAGUUCUUUGCUCCCCUGAAACCGGUGAGGAUCACUAUGGAAUAUAAUUCAAGCGGGAAAGCAACGGGGGAAGCGGAUGUUCACUUUGAGACACACGAAGAUGCAAUUGCAGCCAUGGCCAAGAACAGGUCGAACGUGCGUAAGUGGAACUUCUGCAUUUUCCCCGGGGACACAGGAUUAGAAGGGGACUGCUGAGGCACAGCAGUGUCAAACCAGAAGCAGGAAGAGUAUAUAGCAAGAGCCCUUUGAGAAGGUACAUAUUUUUUCCUUACUUUAAAAAUUCCUUGCGAAGACGUCCUCCUCUGAUGUAAACUGCCGGGAACAGAAACAUGACAGGUUCUCUAUCUUGCCCUUCCCACACCUGCCUUGAGUCAGUAUAAGAAAAGAUUCCAGAAGCAUUCAAAUGAUCCAGUUGUGCAAAUAGUUAGAGAGAGCAAGAGGUCUUGCAGUGGGGCGAAUGGGGAAAAACCUUUUGAAAAGCUGGGAUCCAAGAUUGCACUUUUGAUCAUCCCAGUUGCAAGCUGCUUUGCCGGGGUGAGUGGAUGUAGAGAAAACCAUUUCUGCAACAUAAUGCCUGAACCUGUUCUGUUUUUAAAACCUAACAUAAUACUGCAUUUUGAAGUAUUAGAUGCAUUGUGCGUGCCUUUUGAGCCUAGUAAAAUCAUGGUUCAUAUAUAGUUGCAAGGCCACUGAUGACAAGUGAGGAAUCCUUACAGGAUGACAUUGCACAUCAGUAUAUGUCUAGCAGUUUCCAAAAGCAGGCAGGUCUUGUUCAUUUGCAGUUCCAGAAGUCACUACACAGCUGUGGAGGGAUCACUUUAAGCAGCUGUGUCUGCUGUAAACUGGCUUUCUGGAAAAACUGAGGUUAGUAAUGUAGGUAUCAGGUAAAUGGUGGCAUGUAGUGCUUGAUAAGUGAUAUGCAUUGCUGCAUAAACUUUUCCUGCACUAACAUUUCAAAGCAUGAACGGAAAGUUAAAGCUGUUCUUCUCUCCUACAGAGCAUAGAUACAUUGAAUUAUUCCUGAAUUCAUCACCAAGCAGAAAAAAUGGUUGCCAGUGACGAUGGCAUAAUUCCCAAAGUAUAGGUGAGUGUUAAGGCAAACUUGAAUUUCUCUAGGAAACCAGACUGUUUGUCAAGUAAGCAUCUGUAGAGAUAACCCAAUCUGUAGUUGCAGUGAAUUAAAACUUCCCAGAUUCAAAUCAUUGCCAAUAUAUACAGCCCAAGUCCUCUAAUUUGGAGAUCAUAGGCAAAAUGUGAAUGCAAGAAGAGCCCUGGUAAAUCAGACCAAAGACCUAUUUAGUCUAGCAUCUUGUUUCCCAGAGUGGCCAAUCAGAAGCUUCUGGAGGUCAUGAGGGUAUCCAGCUCCCCAGUAACAGGCAUUCAGAGGCUUGCAGUCUCUGAUCUCAGAGACAGGAUGCAGCCAUGAUGAUGUGUAACCACUGCUAAGUCUUUUUUCUCCAUUACAGUGUGCAAUUUCAGGCUUAAACCUUUUGGUUUAAGGUGCAAAUUCUCCUAUGGGGUGUUACUCAAUUUAAGUCAAGGCUUUUAAAGGCAAACAGUAAAUAAUGGCACAAUAUUAGAGAAGUAAGGUAGUGGGGAACUGGUGGCUAUUAUGGGAUUUUCAUGAGGUAACCAUGUGCAAUGGCCUUGAGAAGCCUAUACAGGAACAAGUUGUGCAUGCUGUUAUCUGAUCAGGUUACUGGAAGUGUUGGAAGUUUGCCCCACUUAUGCUCCUGCAUUCAGAAUGAAAAUUGAAAGGGUAUUUUCUAGUGGAAGCAAUAAUUCUUUUUCUGUUUUUCUUUUGUAAUCUCUUCUCUGUUCUUACGUAAAUUGUGACUUUUUGGAACAUUGUCUCUAUUUAAAUACCUUGUGGUAGAGUUGGCUAUAAAAAAAAAAAGCAGUCAACCAAAUUUAGAGCAGCACUAAUAAAAGAUCUCAUAUUCAGGAUUUAAGUCUGCUGUGCUAAAAGAAAGUUAAAAACUAAAUUCUGCAUACAUAUUUUUUUGUAUAAUUUUGCUGAUCCUGGAAAGGAGAGACCUUUGCUCUUUGACUACUGGAAACCUCCCUGGGCUAAGAUUGCUGCUAAUUAUAGCUCUCAUAGUCUUUUAAGCCUGUAUUUGCAGGCAUAAGGACUGUUGAGAUUCUCCAAAUGCUAAAGACACCCAGCAUGUUACUGUUGUGUUACAUUUGAGAGCUAAAGAAAGAGGAGGGUAUUGGGCCAGGAUGAUUUGCAUUCAUAUUUGUUAAUUCAGCACCCUCUUUCCCAACAGGAUAAAUCAAGAUGCAUUUCAUUUGCACAUUUUCCUAGAGCUGGAAUAUAGGCGUUCCCGUAACCAGCAAGGAUAAAUUCUAAAGGACACUUUUUCUCCUGAAUUGCCUUUCAAAGUAAAUCUAGCAGCUGCAGCUGCAACCCUACAAAUCGUUUGUGCGGGAUCUGUUUAAAACCAAAAUUAAAGUUGAACUGUCCUUAUGCUUCUUGUUACAUGUCCUGGUAGACUGGGGGCCAAGCUGUGAUGCACACAGGGUCACGUAAAUGUCAGUUUCUAAAGCACGGAUGGUUCAUAUGCGUUGCUGAUUGUUUCCCUGUGGUUAAGCAAGAUAGACGUGGGCUCUGAUUUCAAUGCCAACUCAACAGUUAAACAAAGUUAGGGGGAGACAUGUGAGAUUCUGUAGCCUGUUGCCAAUUGCUUAUCGGUGGUAGGUAGAACAGUGUUACAUCUGCACCAGUCUGUUGCAUGGAACUUAAUGCCAGAACUGCUCUGAUGCAGUAAUUCAUGGUAGGAAUUCUGUGGGUCACCAUAGGACUGAAAUGCCCCAUAGGGGAGAUAAUUGCCCAAAGAAAGUCCCUUAAUAUUGACUAGGAUAGGGAAGCUGAAUUGCAGCAUAUGCUCAGCAGAGCACACAUGGGGCUUUUGGGUCAGAUGUUAGAUAGGGUGCUGAAUACUGACUAUAAAGAAACUGCUAUUUCUCCAUAAGUAGCUUCAGUUGUAUUAACAUUUAACUCAGAAGUUAGCAGUUUAGUGGUAAAGACUUAAUACAGUCAGUCUUCAUCCUAGGAAGAUGGUUAGGUUGAUGCAACAGCCCUUGGAUCCAACUAAUUCCUUACAUGAAAACUGAUUUUUACCAUGUGAAUGGUUUGGAUUUACCAUUACCUUGCUUGGUUCUGCCAGGACAUGCGAGAGGACUGAUAAGACCGUUGCCAGCAUUAUACUUGUGCAGCCAAAUCCCAGAUGAAUAUGAAGUGUAUGGUUGCUAACAUAUGCAGAAAGUGCCCAUACCUCAGCUUUUCAACUAAACUAGCUAGGCAAUGAAAGGAUUUUCAGAUGGGUGAUUAAAGAUCACCAGGUGCUUUUGGCCCCUCUGUAUAAAUCUGUUCUUUUCAUAGUAGAGACUAGCAAGUUUGAUAGGUAAAGCUGAGCCCAACUGCUGCUGCUACCACUAAGUAUAGUGACAAGUAGGUGUUAGACAAGUAGGUGUUAAACAUUGCUUAUUAGUUUUGCCUGUCUGAUCAAGUCGAUGUAUUACUCUUAAUAAAUGAAAGCUUUUUUUUCUUAAUGCAGACA